GACGUAUGAGCGGGACGCACCUCCCCGAGAGGAAGCACGUCCACUACUCACUUGUGACUGAGCCGGUAGGAAGCCGAUACUGAGGAAUCACGUCUCAAUAAAUCAGCUGAAUAAACAUCAAGAACAAGAGAAAUCAUGCCUGUGGAUCUUAACAAAGGCAAGAAGGCGUUUGUCCAAAAGUGUGCCCAGUGCCAUAAUGUGGAGCAGGGUGGAAAGCACAAGGUGGGGCCAAACCUUUGGGGUCUGUUUGGACGCAAAACAGGUCAGGCCGAGGGCUUCUCCUACACUGACGCCAACAAAAGCAAAGGCAUUAUCUGGAAUGAUGACACCCUGAUGAUUUAUCUGGAGAACCCCAAGAAAUACAUUCCAGGAACAAAGAUGAUCUUCGCUGGCAUCAAAAAGAAGAAUGAAAGAGCUGACCUUAUAGCGUACCUUAAGUCUGCAACUUCAUAAACAACUCUUCAUCAACGCAUCUUUGCCAGUUUUUUUUUGUCUCCUGACAAACUGAACUAGUAAAGCGGCAAGGACCUGUUUUUCUGUCAAAACCGGGAUUAAAUGGCAAGCACCCUCUGACUGGUAUCGGCAUGAUCAUUUGCCAUCUUUGUCACAGCUGUACCACUGUUUCUGAUCUUCCUUUGUCGUGGAGAAAAUGAUAUCCCCUGGUUUUAACAGGUUCCUUUUCUAGCAUAAAUUAUUAAACCAUAUACUGUGUAUUCAUAAUGUAGGGACUGAAAGCUGUGUUUUAUUUUUGCUAAUUCUCAUCCAGGAUUUUUCUUGAUUUAUAAUCACACUGUCUCGAUAAUUGAGAGAAUGAAUUAUGCCUUAUCUGCUUCCAAUUUGACGAUACCUCAACAGUCUUUUUAUCAUGUCAUUUUUGAAUGUGCAUGUUAAAUAAAAUUGACACUAAACGA